GUGAGAAUGGAAAAUAAUGAAGUCAUUCUAUUAAAUGUCGGUGGUUUUAUUUAUUACACCACAAGGGCAACCCUUGUCAAGUAUCCAAAUUCAACGUUGGGAUUGAUGAUGAAUGGAGAUACCCCAAUCAGUAGAGAUCAAAAUGGGAUAUUCAUUGACCGAGACGGACAAAUGUUUAGAUACAUACUGAAUUUUUGUAGGUCUGGAAAACUUUGCCUACCACAACAAUUUUCUGAUUAUGAUUUACUGGAAAAUGAGGCCGAAUUUUACCAAAUUGAACCCUUGGUAACUAGUAUCAAAUCUUCCCGACAACAAGCAAUGAAAGAAAACCAAGGAUUCAAUUAUAUAGAAAUCGUGGAAGAGAAAUCUUAUUCAAUUCCACAGUCUAGAAACUUUGUAGUUUCUUCCAAAAAUGCUUUUCCAAGUACGUGUAGUACUUCCGUAUAUGGGAGGAUUGAUGAUCUAACAGCAUUGCCUCCAGAAUGUGUUUAUAUAUCUGGAGAUUUGCAAACGGACCUUGUCUCAAAUUACGGUAAACUGACAAUCGAAAAAGGUGAUGUGAGAUUACAGAUAGGCGAGUUUCUCAGCAAACGAGGAUGGGUUAAAGAAUACGGUGAUUCAUAUUCAUCAACAAACGUCAGACCAACAAACGAAAUUGUCAAGGAACAAACCUACAGGGAUGUUUGGAAAAUAUGCAAGAAAAAAUGAUUAAAUAUACAUGUAUAUGAGGGGGACUACUAAAAAAUCACA